AUGUUCGCUCGGCUAUUAGCAGCUCGUGGUGCUAAAGUUGUUCUAGCUGGACGUCGUACAGAAAAUGGCGAAAAACUUGUUGAAGAAAUCAUAUCUAAUGGUGGGGAAGCAACAUUUAUCAAAACUGAUGUAACAAAAGAAGAUGAAGUUAAACGAUUAAUUGAACAAACAGUUCAAAAAUAUAACCGUCUUGAUGGUGCCUUCAAUAAUGCCGGUGUGCUUGGUAAUAGUGGUACCCCGCAUGAACUGUCAUUGGAUGAUUUUCGAUUAAUGAAUGAUGUUAAUUAUACAGCAGUUUUCUUGUGUAUGAAAUAUGAAAUACAACAAUUUCUUACACAACAAUCUCAAGAACAAUCUCAACGAGGUGAUCCAUUACAACAGCCAAAUCAAUUACAUUUAACAUGGUCACCAUAUUCAAUUGUUAAUGAUUCAUCAGUACUAGGUUUAACAACGUGGAAUGUAGCAUAUGCAUACAGUGGGUCGAAACAUGCUAUUUGUGGUCUGUCAAAAAGUGCAGCACUAGCCUAUGCUAAAAAUGGUAUACGCAUUAAUACAAUAUGUCCUGGAUGGAUUUAUACAGAAAUGUCUGAGGAAAACCACUCAGCAUCAACAUCAUCUGAAAUUGUUUUAAUGUAUUCUGGUGACGGUGAAGAUCGUCCAACGUUACAGCCUGUUAUCUUUGAAAUUGAAAUUGAUACGGCUGUGUCCCCAUUUGCUAGCCUUAAAACUGUGAGCUAUUUUAAAGCUGAAAAUGAAGUUCUUUUUACAAUUGUUAGUGUGUUUCGUAUUAAAGACAUUCUACCACAAACAGACAUUAUCUGGUUAGUUCAAUUAGUUACGGAUAAACGAGAAAAUGAAGAUAUUGAACAAUUGACAAAACAUUUGAAAAAAGAAAUUAGUGAUAAACCAUCAUUACUGGAUCUAGAACGCGUUUUAUUUGAUACUGUAGAAUGUGACCGAGUCGAACAUUAUUGUACAAUUUUAGAUGAACAACUUCCGUUAGAUGAUUUUUAG